GAACCGAACAUCCAUCUGCCUCGUACACACUCUCUAUCCAAACCGCCUGUCAUUACUCUUCUCUAUCUAUCCUGCCAAAAUCGCUCAAAGCACGUCAUGGCGUCGCAACGCAUAUAUUCGCUUUUGUCCACAGGCGGUCCUUCGCACCCAGCGUCGUCGUCGUCGCCUCGAAGACCUUAUCUCGCCGAGUCCGCUGAAGGGCGCAAUGUGCAUCUGCCGCUUUCCGCUUCGACAUCCUCUCUGCCGGCCCAUUUCUCGCCUUCUACAAAUCUGUUGCCGUCGACUAGCACUCCGUCAAUCCGCGCUUCAUUCCCUCGCGCUCCAUCGGCCUGCGCUCCCUCGCUGCCUUCUGCCCUUUCUUCGCCCCCUUCACUGGAGCCCCUCGAGCUGCACCCCUUUGAGCCCGCCCUCUAUGCGAACCCACAACGUUCGACUGCUCGCGCACUGGCUGCUGUACUACCUUUGCCGAAUUCUACGUCAAUCCGCCAUGACUCGCCUUCGUCAAGAACUCCUCGCUCGUAUCCCGCCUCGACAUCUGCAGUGGACGAUUUCCCAGACGUGGUAACCUCGCCGAACGAUUGGGGGCCGUUCCUUCCCUCGCCAUCCUCAGAUGCUCGACAUGACCAGCAUGCAAGAUCGAAUCCAUCAGUCUUGCUGCCGCCUUCGUUCAAAUUCAUGUCAGACGAACUGCAAGCGUUAUCCUCCACCCAACCACACUGCGACCGUCUAUCGAACUUGGCGUGGGACGUUCGCGGUCCCAACCUAGAUUCCAUCCCUCUCAUGCCCAGGAUAGUAUACUGGUAUAAGAAGCAGCCCGGCGAUCCGUGA